AUGAAUGCAGUCUCUUUCCUCUAUUUGCUGGCUUUGGCUACUACAAGCCAAGCCUUGCCAAACCCUACUCCUGCACCUACCCCAGCCAGCGGAUUCGCUACACACGGACUUGCUAUCGAUGGUGCCAUGACCACCCGUAGCAUUGCUGCUGGUAUCAAAUAUGCAAACCCUCCCGAGUGCAUGACCAUUGUCGUCGUCAAUAGCCAUGGAGAUACAAUCACCACCGCCCUCGACACGAACCCAAGUGCACCAACCCCGGUCUCCGGAAACACAGUCCCUGGUACCAUGACAAACGGUGAGACAGCUUCCAUUGCUGUCCCAACCAACUGGAUUGGAAACCUGGCUAUCAAUGAUGCUCGUUGGGGACUAACCGGCGAUGACAGUUUGAUUGAGGCCAACUUCGUGGUUCCGUAUGGGGAAAGUGUUGCUGUGGGUGACAUCGAUGUCAGCUACGUUGACGGUUUCUCUGUUGCCAUUGUCUGCCACUGUGGUGGUCUUGACGAUACCGUAGUCAGUGGAUGCAACAAGAACUUGUUCAACCUUAACACCUGCCCUGAUGACGAUGGCCAAAACGCUUGCGUCAACCCGCUCCGUGCUGAUCAGUUUGCUACUGCUCCCACGGACUUUUUCAAGCCCUGUGCUGGGGCUGCUUACACAUUCCCCAGCGACAGCGGCGCCAACAGCUUUGGAACGUGCCAAACCGGGACAUACACUUGCUGUGUUGGUGCAGCCUGCGCUGCAAACCCUAACCAGCCGGCCUAG